UUGUUUACCUGUCUGAUGUCUCAGGCAUAGAAGACUGAAACCACUGUGUGCCUGGAAGGAUAACUUUAAGAACGUGCAAGAUGGCAUCUGUGUUCCGGAGUGAAGAGAUGUGCCUGACUCAACUUUUCCUCCAGGUGGAGUCGGCAUAUUGCUGUGUGUCCGAACUUGGCGAGCUUGGUCUGGUUCAGUUUAGAGAUUUGAAUGUAAAUGUGAACAGCUUCCAAAGAAAGUUUGUGAAUGAAGUCCGAAGAUGUGAAUCUUUGGAAAGGAUCCUUCGUUUUCUAGAGAUUGAGAUGGGUGACGAGAUACAGCUUCAUAAGCCUGGAAAAUAUCCCGAGACGCCACUACCUCGGGAAAUGAUUGACUUAGAGGCAGUUUUGGAGAAAUUGGAAGGAGAGCUGCAGGAAGCCAACAAGAACCUGCAGACAUUGAAGCAGAACUUUCUAGAACUUACCGAACUAAAACAUCUCCUGAAGAAAACGCAGGACUUUUUUGAGACGGAAACCAACCUGCCUGAUGAUUUCUUCAAUGAAGACACCUCUGGGCUCUUAGAGUUAAGAAGCACCCCUGCAGCAGUUGCUGCCAAGCUUGGAUUCAUAGCUGGUGUGAUCAAGAGGGAAAGGAUGGUGCCAUUUGAACGCUUGCUUUGGAGAGCCUGCCGUGGGAACAUCUACUUGAGGUUCAGUGAAAUGGAUACUCUUCUGGAAGACCCAGUCACUAAAGAAGAGAUGAAAAAGAAUGUAUUCAUUAUUUUCUAUCAAGGAGAACAGCUCCGGCAGAAAAUCAAGAAGAUCUGUGAUGGGUUCCGUGCCACGGUCUACCCCUGCCCAGAAUCAGCUGCCGAACGUCGAGAGAUGGCCACUGGUGUGAACACAAGAAUUGAGGACUUGAACACAGUAAUCACCCAAACGGAAUCCCAUCGCCAAAGCCUAUUGAAAGAAGCAUCUGCUAACCUGUGGAGCUGGGGGAUCAAGGUGAAAAAAAUGAAGGCCAUCUAUCAUAUCCUGAAUUCUUGCAACAUUGAUGUCACCCAGCAGUGUGUCAUUGCCGAGAUCUGGUUCCCAGUGGCAGAUACAGGCAGGAUCAAAAGAGCUCUGAAUCAAGGGAUGGAACGUAGUGGAUCUACAAUUAAUCCAAUUCUGACUACUGUUCAUACCCAGAUGGCUCCUCCCACUUUUAACAGAACAAAUAAGUUCACAUCUGGUUUCCAGACCAUCGUAAAUGCCUAUGGUAUUGGAAAUUAUAGGGAGAUGAAUCCAGCCCCCUACACUAUUAUUACUUUCCCCUUUCUGUUUGCGGUGAUGUUCGGUGACUGCGGCCAUGGCACUGUCAUGCUGGCCUUUGCUCUCUGGAUGAUCAGCAAUGAAAAGGCACUUUUAGCUCAGAAGGGCGACAACGAGAUUUGGAACACGUUUUUCAGUGGCCGCUACCUGAUCCUGCUCAUGAGUAUCUUCUCCAUCUACACCGGCUUCAUCUACAAUGACUGCUUCUCCAAAUCGUUCAAUAUAUUUGGGUCUUCCUGGAGCGUCCGCCCCAUGUUCAACAAUGGUGUAUGGACGGAGAGUGAUAUGCACGGAGGUGGGGUAUUCCAGUUGAACGCCAAAUUGUCGGGAGUAUAUUCUGGAAACCCCUAUCCUUUUGGAAUUGAUCCGAUCUGGAACAUUGCAUACAACAAGCUAACGUUCUUGAACUCCUACAAAAUGAAGAUGUCUGUCAUCUUGGGGAUUUCACAGAUGGUCUUUGGGGUGAUCCUCAGCCUCUUCAACCACAUUUAUUUUAGGAGAACCAUCAACAUUAUCUUGCAGUUCAUUCCAGAGAUGAUCUUCAUCCUCUGCCUCUUCGGUUACCUCGUUUUCAUGAUCAUUUUUAAGUGGUGCCGGUACAACGCCCGUAGUGCCGAUGAUGCCCCAAGCAUCCUCAUCCACUUCAUCAACAUGUUCCUGUUUAGUUACGGUGACAAGACAAACCAUCCCCUCUAUGAGCAUCAGCAAGAAGUGCAAACCUUCCUCGUCAUUUUUGCCAUUAUUGCUAUUCCUUGGAUGCUCCUGAUUAAGCCUUUCAUCCUUCGAGCCAAUCACCAGAAAGCUCAGAGAAGGCUGGUUUCAUCUGGAUUGUCAGAAAGUCCAACUGGCGAUAUUGAGGUGGAGAUCAUAGAGUCUAACCACACAAAGAAAGUAGACCUGGAGGACCACAGUGGUGGUGGCAGCCACGGAGGGCAUGAUGACCAUGAGGAAGAGUUCAACUUUGGAGACAUCUUUGUACACCAGGCUAUCCAUACCAUUGAAUACUGCUUGGGUUGCAUUUCCAACACUGCUUCCUACCUUCGGCUCUGGGCACUCAGCUUGGCGCAUGCACAGCUCUCAGAAGUCCUCUGGACUAUGGUGUUGCACUAUGGGCUUCAUGUGGGCAGCUGGGUAGGAAUCAUCACCGCUUUUAUCCUCUUUGCUGUCUUUGCUGUUCUGACAAUAGCCAUCCUGCUGAUUAUGGAGGGUCUCUCUGCUUUCCUGCAUGCCCUGAGACUUCACUGGGUGGAGUUCCAGAAUAAAUUCUACGUUGGAGCAGGUUAUGCAUUUGCACCCUUCUCCUUUAGGACCAUCAUAGAAGGGACAGAAGAAUAAGUGUUUAGCACUUGGAAACCUGAAACUUCCAGGCUUCCCCUUAUUCUUUCCUUCUCUCUCUCUACAAAUCUCCCUGAGAAUUAAGAACUAUCAAAGAUGCAGAAAUUGGUCCAUACACUGCACAUGGUUACAAGCAGAAUAUAGGUUUUUUUGUAAGAAAAUACUGAAACAACCACAGCCAACCAGUUUCACAGCUUGGAAAAAAUUCUCUCUUUUUGGAUGGCAUCUUCCAGAGUGUCCUAGCUAGCAUGGCCAGUGACCAUAUUAGCGAGGGGAUUAUGGGAGCUGGAAUCCAGAAAGAUAACUUUCCCAAGCUAUGCCAGGUCUAAUGUGGUACAGGGAUAUUAUUCUAGAUAUCUUCCCUCUGACAUCCAGUGUGUGUAUUUUGAAAGUGUAUCCAUGGGCCCGUUCUAAAUACAGAGAAAGCACACAUUUUGUUGUUCAGAAGAAAGAAAAGAAAAGAAAAAGCUAUGUGGUCAUUCCACAAUACACAUGCAAGAACAGGUGGUACCUUUAUUAGGACACUAAAAUAUCAGAGUCCCAAAAAUUCAGGUCUAAUGCAAUCAUCUGUCAUUAAUUUUGGGGACUAUCAUAUAUAUUAUAGUCCCAGAAAUGGAUCACACUAGCAUAUAUAUAUAUAUAAAACACUGAACAGCUGUUAUAUAUAUAUGUCUUCCUCAGGCUAUGUACCAAGACCAUACUAGCUCUAUAUAUGAAUAGUUGAGAGAGAGAGAGAGAGAG